AUGUCCCUCACAUUUUCCUCCUCCGCCGCAACCGUUGCCGUUGCUUCUGUAACCGUAACUUCCUCCGCUAGGGUUCCGGUCAAUCCUCUCGUUUCUCCGAGUGUCCGCGGCUUCGUAUCCUUCCGACUAACCUCUAAGAAGCUUCCUCUCCGUUCGCGCGGCGGUGGUGCAUCGUCCUCGAGUGUGAGAGCGAUGUCUGAGCUCGUUCAGGAUAAGGAAUCUGUCGUCGCCGCGAGCACUUCUUUCAAUGAAGGCGGAGAGAGUAAUAAGACGCCCAAUGAGCUCAACCAUUCCCGUACCUUCUUGGAUGCGCGAAGUGAAGAAGAUCUUAUAUCUGGUAUCAGGAAGGAAACUGAAGCUGGAAGGUUGCCUCCGAAUGUUGGAUCAGGGAUGGAAGAAUUAUAUUGGAACUACAAAAAAGCAGUAUUAAGUAGUGGAGCUUCCAGGGCAGAUGAGACUGUUAUAUCAAACAUGUCUGUUGCUUUCGAUCGUAUGCUUCUUGGUGUGGAGGAUCCUUAUACUUUUAGUCCAUAUCAUAAAGCAAUCAGAGAACCAUUCGACUACUACUUGUUUGUCCAUACAUACAUCCGUCCUCUAAUUGAUUUCAAAAAUUCUUACGUUGGAAAUGCUUCUAUUUUCUCUGAAGUGGAAGACAAGCUUCGGCAGGGACACAAUGUCGUGUUGAUAUCAAACCAUCAAAGUGAAGCUGACCCGGCGGUCAUUUCCCUAUUGCUUGAGGCACAAUCUCCUUACAUUGGAGAGAACAUUAAAUGUGUGGCUGGUGAUCGAGUCAUAACUGAUCCUCUUUGUAAGCCGUUUAGUAUGGGAAGGAAUCUCAUAUGUGUUUACUCGAAAAAGCACAUGAACGAUGAUCCUGAGCUUGUAGAUAUGAAAAGAAAAGCAAACACACGAAGCUUAAAAGAGAUGGCUACAAUGCUAAGGUCUGGCUCCCAACUUAUAUGGAUUGCGCCAAGCGGUGGAAGAGAUCGCCCUAAUCCUUCUACCGGAGAAUGGUUUCCUGCACCCUUUGAUGCCUCUUCGGUGGACAACAUGAGAAGACUGGUUGAACAUUCUGGUGCUCCUGGACAUAUCUAUCCAAUGUCAUUGCUUUGCUAUGACAUCAUGCCCCCCCCACCCCAAGUUGAGAAAGAAAUUGGAGAGAAAAGAUUAGUUGGGUAUCACGGUACUGGACUAUCAAUCGCACCUGAAAUCAGCUUCUCAGAUGUCACAGCAGACUGCAAGAACCCUAACGAGGCGAAAGAAGCGUACAGCCAAGCCAUGUACAAAUCGGUCAACGAACAAUACAAGACUCUAAACUCUGCGAUCAACCACAGAAAAGGAAUAGAAGCCUCAACUUCAACAAUCUCCUUGUCACAACCCUGGAAUUAG